AGGUUACAGUGUGAUUGUUGGUGGCGCUCUUUGUAUGAAUUUCUUUCCGGGGCAUGUUAAAGUCUUAGUGCGUGCGAUGUUUCGGUAGAUUUAGUGAGUUCUGUGCAUUAAGAGUGAGUGUCUUUGUUUGGUGUGAAGUCAUGGAUGUUCCCACUCCUCCAGAAGAUCAAGAGUUGAGAAAUGUGAUUGACAAACUGGCUCAGUUUGUCGCUCGGAAUGGGCCGGAGUUUGAGAAGAUGACCAUGGAGAAACAAAAGGACAACCCCAAGUUCUCCUUUCUUUUUGGGGGAGAGUUCUUCAGCUACUACAAGUGCAAGCUUGCUAUGGAACAGCAGCAACAUCCCACUACCCACGACAGGGAGGAGUAUAAAUCUGAAGACACAUACAACCCAACUGCCAAAGAUGUGGCUGACGUCCCUCCACCUAUUCCGAUGAUCACUCCACCUCCUGUUCCACCACCUGCAGCGCCCUCUGUUGAUGAGCUAAUCCAACAAAGCCAGUGGAACCUGCAGCAGCAGGAGCAGCAUCUGCACUCUCUCAGACAGGAACAAGUGACCGCUGCCAUAACGCUGGCUAUGGAGCAACAGACCCAAAAACUGCUCCUGGAAACUCAGUUGGACAUCAAAGAGUUUGACAGCUUGCUGCAGCCCAUCAUAGACACCUGCACUAAAGAUGCUAUCUCUGCUGGUAAGAACUGGAUGUUCAAUAAUGCCAAGACACCGCAGCACUGUGAACUCAUGACAUCACAUCUUCGCAACCGUAUCACUGCCGAUGGUGCACACUUUGAGCUUCGCCUGCAUCUCAUCUAUUUAACCAACGAUGUUCUCCAUCAUUGCCAACGGAAGCAGCAGAAGGACUUGUUGGCAGCACUGCAGAAGGUUGUUGUUCCCAUCUACUGCACAAGCUUCCUGGCUGUGGAAGAGGAGAAGCAGCAGAAGAUCACCAGGUUGUUACAGCUGUGGGAGAAGAACGGCUACUUUGAUGAGGAGACCAUUCAACAGCUCCAGAAUCCAGCUCUGGGCCUGGGCCAGUACCAGGCCUCUCUGAUCACGGAAUACGCUGCAGCCGUGCAGCCUAUCCAGCUGGCCUUCCAGCAGCAGAUCCAGGCUUUGAAGACGCAGCACGAGGAGUUUAUCAGCAGCCUGAAGCAGCAGCCACAGCCUGCCGCUGUGAGCCAGCUGCCUCCACCUGCAGAGCCCGACAGUGCCUCACCCAUCGCAGCACAGACCGGAGAUGUGAAUCCUCCCCUGUCAGGUCCUCCUCCAGCAGAGUUUGAGGGUGCGUCAUCCAGGCAGCAGGAUCCCAGCAAUGCAAGUGGAGCCUCAGAUCUCCCCUCCAACAAGCCAGCCUGGUAUGACCCCCAACACAUGGGUCCCUGGAACCCCAACCAGCCGCCCCCCUUUGACCCAAAUCAGCCUCCGCCACCCUGCCCUCCUUGGAACACGCAUGAGGGGAUGUGGAAUGAGCAGAGGGACCCAGGCAGCUGGAGCGGCGGCCCACCCAGAGAAGGAGGACCCUGGACUGGGCCAGGAGGUUCCGACCCAGGCCCCCCAUCGUGGAACUCAUUUGAGCAACAACCCCCAUGGGGGAACCAGGCUGAGCAGCCUCCCUGGGGCCAGAGGGAGCCCCCGUUUCCUCCACGCAUGCAGAGACCUCCUCAUUUCCGAGGGCCCUUUCCGCCGCAUCAGCAGCCACCUCCUUUUAACCAGCCCCCUCCACCCCCGCACAGCUUUGGACGCUUCCCACCACGCUUCAUGCAGGAUGACUUUCCUCCCCGACACCACUACGACAGGCCUCCUUACAGCUCACACCGCUUUGACUAUGUUCACGGAGACUACACCGGAGACAUGGGCCCACCUCCACACCAUCAUCCUACGCAGAGACUUCCUCCUCCUGGUAUGGCGGCUGAGCAUCCUCCUUGGGGUGGAGGCCAACAUCCAGACUUUGGUCCACCUCCCCACGGCUUCAACGGCCAUUCACCCCAAGUGCGCCAUCGGCAGCACCCAGUCCAAGAUGACCCUAGCCUGGUGCCCAAUGUACCCUACUUUGACUUGCCUGCUGGUCUCAUGGCUCCACUAGUGAAACUUGAGGACUGUGACUACAAACCACUGGACCCCAAAGACAUCCGGCUGCCUCCUCCCAUGCCCCCCAGUGAUCGGCUGCUUGCUGCUGUCGAAGCCUUCUACAGCCCGCCAUCCCAUGACAGGCCCAGAAACAGUGAAGGAUGGGAGCAGAACGGCCUGUACGAGUUCUUCAGAGCCAAGAUGAGAGCCAGGCGGAAAAAGGACCAGGAGAAACGCAACAGUGGGCGUGGAGGCAGUCGGUCCAGAAGUCGCUCUCGCAGUAGAGGGAGGUCUUCAUCUCGCUCCAGCUCUCGCUCCUCCAAGUCUUCUGGGUCACGGUCCCGCUCCUCCCAUUCUGCCUCCCGCAGCCGCUCCCGUUCCUACUCACGAUCCAGGUCCAGGAGCAGAUCCAGGUCGUCUCGCAGUCGCUCUCGCUCCAGAUCCCGGUCUCGUUCACAUUCACCCUCUAAGCCACGCCACGCCCCUCAGUCAUCUAGCUCUCCUCCUCCGUCUACGUCAGUUUUGGGUGCCCCUUCCUCCAAACUUUCUGCAGAUACCAGGCUGGGGGAGGAGAACAAGGGCCACCAACUGCUGAUGAAAAUGGGCUGGAGUGGUUCUGGAGGUUUGGGAGCCAAGGAGCAGGGGAUCCAGGAUCCCAUCAAGGGAGGAGAUGUCCGGGAUAAAUGGGACCAGUACAAAGGUGUGGGCGUGUCCCUGGAUGACCCCUAUGAGAACUAUCGCAGGAACAAAAGCUACAACUUUGUGGCCCGCAUGAAGGCGCGGGAGGAAGUCAACAGAGAACCUCAAGAGGCCCCUCCCACGGACUGAUCCGGACCCGAUCGGGACCUGCCCCGUUGGUUCUGUGUGGUUCCACGCGAGUCGUCUCCCCCCCCCAUUACCAGUGGAGUGUGGCUGAGUGAGGCCACUGUUUAGUCGGUGGAAACUCAUUUUCAUUGUGUGUGGGUUUUUUUUGUUUUGUUUUUUUCCUCAUGUUUCUUUUUCCGGUGCUUGGUCUGCACCUUACAAACAGGUCCAGUCUGAAGUGUAAAAGCUUAAAGCAGCUGUGCUUUUUAUGCUGUUAAUCAGUAAAGUUUGUGAAAUUUAGUCAAACUCUGACGUUUCACCAAUAAAACAACAAAAUCUCACUGACGGAGCU